UGAUCCUAAUAACACCGCCACUGGCUUCAACAUUUUCCUAGCCAGUUAUUUUGCUGUGAUUCUGUUUAAAUAGGCAUCUUUGGUUUCAUAUAAAGAGCAUAAGAUGCAGUCGGAGGAUGCACGCUAUCUGAAACGGAAAGUGAAGGGUGGUAGUCUGGACGUGCACCCUACAGAGAAAGCCCUGGUUGUUCAGUAUGAGGUGGAGGCGACCAUCCUUGGAGAGACCGGAGACGAGAUGCUGGGAGACCGCAAGAAGUGUCAGAAGAUUAUUCGUCUGAAGAGCCUGAAUACGAGCACAGACAUUGCAGCUCUGGCCCGUAAGGUGGUUGAGGAGUGUAAACUCAUCCAUCCCUCCAAGCUGUCGGAGGUGGAGCAGCUGCUCUUCUAUCUACAGAACCGCAAGAAGGCCAGCGGGAAAGCAGAGAAGAGAGUGGUGAAACCUAGAGACCUAACGCCAUUUGAAGGAAUGGAGAUAGAUGAGGAGGCUAACAUCAACAAGGUGGAAGAGUAUGUUGAGCUGCUGUAUGAAGGUAUGGAGGAGAAGGUGAAAGGAGCUACACUCAUCCUACACCUGGCCAGGAACCCUGAUAAUCUGGAGGAACUACUGCAGAAUGAAACGGCUCUAGGAGCCCUGGCCAGAGUGCUGCGGGAGGACUGGAAGCAGAGUGUUGAGCUUGCCACCACCAUCAUCUAUGUCUUCUUCUGCUUUUCCAGUUUCUCCCAGUUCCAUGGGCUGGUGACCCACUAUAAGAUCGGAGCUCUGUGUAUGAAUGUCAUCGAACACGAACUGAAGAGAUACGACCUCUGGCAGGACGAACUGCAGAAGAAGACCAAGACAUGUGAAGACGACCCUGACAACCAGGCCUUGAGGAAGGAACAUGAGAAGGCCUUUAAGAAGUACCAGGGACUACUGGUAAAACAGGAGCAGCUGCUGAGAGUUGCUCUGUACCUGUUGUUGAACCUGGCUGAGGACACCAGGACAGAGCUGAAGAUGAGAAACAAGAACAUUGUCCACAUGCUGGUGAAGACCCUGGACCGGGAGAACGAGGAGCUGCUGGUGCUAGUGGUGUCCUUCCUCAAGAAACUCAGCAUCUUCCUGGAGAACAAGAACGAUAUGGCUGAGGUGGACACCGUAGAGCGUCUGUCUCGUCUGGUCCCGUGUGAACAUGAAGACCUGCUGAACAUCACACUGCGUCUGCUCCUCAACCUCUCCUUUGACACCGGGCUCCGCAACAAGAUGGUGCAGGUCGGCUUGCUGCCCAAACUCACCUCCCUGCUGGGUGAUGAGAACCACAAGCAGAUGGCCAUGUGUAUCCUGUACCACAUCAGUGUUGAUGACAGGUUCAAGUCCAUGUUCGCCUACACAGACUGCAUCCCACAGUUGAUGAAGAUGUUGUUUGAGCACGGUGAGGAGAGGAUCGAUGCUGAGCUCAUCUCCUUCUGUAUCAACCUGGCAGCUAACAAGAAGAACGCUCAGCUCAUCUGUGAAGGUAAUGGUCUGAAGAUGUUGAUGAAGAGGGCUCUGAAGCUGAAGGAUCCUUUACUGAUGAAGAUGAUACGAAACAUCUCUCAACACGACGGACCACCCAAACACCUCUUCAUCGACUACGUAGGAGACUUGGCAGCCCAGAUCAGUCCUGAUGAAAACGAGGAAUACGUGAUAGAGUGUCUGGGGACCCUGGCUAACCUCACUAUCGCUGAUCUGGACUGGGAACUGGUGCUGAAGGAGUACAACCUGGUACCUUACCUUAAAGAUAGACUCAAACCAGGCUCUGCGGAGGAUGACCUGAUACUAGAGGUGGUGAUCAUGAUUGGGACGGUGUCCAUGGAUGACAGCUGUGCCGCCAUGUUGGCCAAGUCUGGCAUCAUCCCUGCUAUUAUAGAACUACUGAAUGCCCAGCAGGAGGAUGAUGAGUUUGUGUGCCAGAUCGUCUAUGUGUUCUACCAGAUGGUGUUUCACCAGGCUACCAGGGAGGUCAUCAUCAAAGAUACACAGGCUCCGGCGUACCUUAUCGAUCUGAUGCACGACAAGAAUGCUGAGAUACGCAAGGUCUGUGACAACACUCUGGACAUAAUCGCUGAGUAUGAUGAGGAGUGGGGGAGGAAGACUCAGAGAGAGAAGUUCCGAUGGCAUAACUCUCAGUGGUUAGAGAUGGUGGAGAGCAGGCAGAUGGAGGAUGGAGAGCCCUUCAUGUACGGAGACGAUGGAGAGAUGGACAGACCUGACCUCUUCUACAGCACUGAUGGGAUCACCCCUGCGUCAGGAGCAGUCAGUCCAGACUUCUUCAGUGAUCCCUACGCACAGAAUGGAGACGGACAACAUGGUGGAGGAGCUGAUGGGUUUGACCUGACUACGGGGACAUCGAGCCGACCAGCCACCGGCUUCGGCUUCAGACCAGACGAACAGUUCUUCUACGACUACACUUCUUCCAGAUAGAGACCUUCUCACCAUCCACAGUCUGACCAACCCCCAUUCAUUCACUAUUAACACUUAACACUGACCAACCCCCAUUAAUUCACCAUCAACACUUAACACUGACCAACCCCCCAUCAACACUUAACACUGACCAACCCCCAUCAACACUUAACACUGACCAACCCCCAUCAACACUUAACACUGACCAACCCCCAUCAACACUUAACACUGACCAACCCCCAUCAACACUUAACACUGACCAAACCCCCAUCAACACUUAACACUGACCAACCCCCAUCAACAC